CAGAGGCGCGAGUUGUAGCCGAACCGAGCUCCAGAAAUCACCCGAUAGCAGAAGUCAAGGACUCAAGAUUGCAUUCCGUACGAACCUGAGGAGAUCGCCGGAACACUCUGCACCGAACCGUGGUUUUGCGCAGUUGCUGUUAGCAGUGCAAGUCAAGACACCAUUACUGGUGCUACUUCCGGGGAAAAUAUUCGCCAGGAUCUCCCGGCAAAUAUAUUACGGGUUUUUGGCUGGAUUCGGUUGGUAUAGGUGUUUGAAUAAUCGGAAGGAUGCCAUUUUUUGAGAUCAGUUUGGGAUUCGAUGGGUAUUAAGCAGUGAGCUGAUGUCACUGUUCUGGGUUGUGAUUCGUCAGCUUGCUGAAUCUGAGGCAAUGGCUACAUCAAAGAAAGUGAUAACAAGAGAAGAGUGGGAGAAGAAACUUAAUGAUGUGAAGAUUAGGAAAGAAGACAUGAAUAAAUUGGUAAUGAAUUUUCUGGUUACGGAGGGUUAUGUUGAAGCUGCUGAAAAAUUCCGAAUGGAAUCUGGAACUGAACCAGAUAUAGAUCUUGCAACCAUUACUGAUCGCAUGGCUGUUAAGAAGGCUGUGCAAAGUGGUAAUGUGGAGGAUGCAAUCGAGAAAGUAAAUGACUUGAAUCCAGAGAUACUGGAUACAAACCCCCAAUUGUUUUUCCAUCUCCAACAGCAACGACUGAUAGAGCUAAUAAGGAAUGGAAAAGUAGAGGAAGCUUUGGAAUUUGCUCAGGAGGAACUUGCACCAAGGGGGGAGGAGAAUCAAACCUUUUUGGAAGAGCUAGAGAGGACUGUAGCACUUCUUGCCUUUGAAGAUGUCUCAAACUGUCCUGUUGGAGAGCUUCUUGACAUAUCUCAACGUCUAAAGACAGCAAGUGAAGUGAAUGCAGCCAUACUUACAAGCCAGAGUCACGAAAAAGAUCCUAAACUUCCAAGCCUGUUGAAGAUGCUGAUAUGGGCUCAAAACCAGCUGGAUGAGAAAGCUGCAUAUCCUCGCAUAAAGGAUCUAUCCACGGCUACGUUAGAAGACCCUGCAGUUUGAACGCUUGUGACCUUGCAAUCACUGCUUGGAGUGCUUAGGUUCUAGAUGGAAAUGGUGAGGUCACUGGCUUGAAAAAUGAUGUAUGUACUUUUAUUCAAAGAUCGAUCUGCUAAAAAUCGGUGUCUGGUUUCUUAUAGAUAGCUGUUACGAUGGGUUUAUACCCUUGUACAAAAGAUUGCCCAUACAUUGAUUAAUUCUUUCCUUAAAGUUGGCGACCAAUGAGGAAUUCUGUUGCGUAUUAAUAUCCAUCUUAAUGAAACUAGCCUUAAGCUGA